CGGCGGCAAGAGGAGCUCCCGCCACGGAACCAGCUCUCCUGAGCUCCGGAUUAUCUUUUCCCUCGCUCGCUUGCUCUGAUUCCACUCUCAGAGGGCUAACAGGAAAUCGCGGCUGCGGUGGACCAGAGCAGGACCCGAGUGCGCCGGAAAUGCCCAAUCGGCGGAGCUGCUGUUAGCCCAGCAGCUGCCCAAGGGGCGGAUGGACGGAUGGGGGGCGCACGGAGCAGCGAGGAGUAAACAGCCCCUCGGGGCGGGGGUAGGAGGAGCCCUCUGACUUUCCGGAUGCCCCAAACUCCUGCCAUCCCGGGGCAGCUGCUCUGAAGGGCGGCCCCUUCGCCUCUUUCUUUCUUUCUUUUUUUUUUGGGGGGGGGGGACUCCUUGGAUCUCAUAAAGCAUCCCCUCCCCUCGAGGUAGCGGCAUGUUAGACUGAAGGCUCUGGUUAGGCUUUGGGGAAGGGGAAGAGGGAGAAGGAGGAAGGCUGGAGAGGGAGGGAGAUCGGUUUAAAGCGGCGUGGGAAGCGCAAUGAGGACCGUCGCCUAACCAUUACGCGCCGCGCGUCAAAGAGAUGCCCAGCGAGGCAUCCCGCCGACGGCUCCUCUCUCCCCCUGCGGGGAAACUUGAAGUCGCCGAGCCGUGAGCCGCCAACCACUGCGUCCCCCACCCCGACUGCUUCCCUCCCCAUCGCCAAGCCGGCCAUGUCUCGCUGCUGCAAGUCUCCGAUCUCCCGAAAGAAAAGGAAAACUCUUUGCAUCUUCCUGCGCGGCUGGAGUUUCCCUGGAUCGCUCUCGGCGCGCGCUUGGAAAGAGGCGACUCCGGGCCAGCCGCGAGCUCCAGCUCCCUUGACCUUGUCAGCUUCGCACCUCGCCUCCCGCUUGGACCACCGGCAGCCUUGUCAAUUUCGGGAGUGAGACCAGCGCCCCGGUUGGGGUCUCCUUAGGCAUUUUCUCUCCCUUUCGGUUUCUAACCUCCUUCCCGUUUCAAUCCUCUCGGUUCUUCCUCUUUGUGGCACGGAUGGCUGAUCCUGAUAGGCGACUACGCCGCGGAUUAUAGCAAACCAGCGAUCACCUUUCUCUCGCCCUCUCAGCUGCAGCUGUACAGAUAUAUAUAUAUAAGUACCCGUGUGAAAGGAACAGAUCUUCCAUCAAGCUCCUAGAACCCUCCAGGUGGUCACUUCCCUCUCCCUCUCCUAAGAAGUUGCAUGAUGUUGUUGUUGCUGUAAUUAAUGCACCUGUAAUAUUCUACAAUAUAUACAUAUAUAUAUAUAUCUUUAAGAAAAACAACCACCCACCUAUAUCACUAUUGCAUAGGGCUCUCAUUUCUCUUCUGCAAGAAGUCAUAUCCAAUUGACAGACCACAUGCUCUGGAUUCAGUCCCUGCCGUUUCCAGUUGCAGGGAUCUCCACAGCAGGACUGGGAAGGGUUUGAACCUGGAACCUCAGAGAGCCAAUCAGAGGAGGGAGUCCUCUGCUUUAUGGACCAAUGGUCUGGCUCAUCCUAAGGCAACUUCCAAUAUCCAACAGUACGCCAUGCUUUCUGAAUGUAGGAUGGGAGCCACCAACCUGCCCUCCUUUCAUUGGCUCGGUCUGAAGGGCACUUUUUGCCUCUCUGUUGGUGUCUUUCCCCUCCUUGCCUUUGGAUUCUGCGGCGCCAAGCAGGGACCCACAAGGAUGUGGCUUUGAUUGCACUGGACUUUUGACCACGCUGUUAGCAAGAAGGGCCUUCUGUUUCUCAAUCUGCUUCCCCCACCCCCGCCAGCUGUAAUAAUAACCUGGGGGGCAGGGGCAGAUGCACUUUACAAAGCCAACCCCCCAUGCAAAGGUCUAUCCAGUGCCAAAAAGGCAUGGGGUGUCCCCUUUCUUCUGCAAUAAUUGACUGACCCUUGAUCCCCCCCACCCCGUCUGCCUAGGGGGUAGGGGGCAGCCACCGCCUUUCAAUGUGAUACACCCUCCCUCUCCUGCUGCUGCUGCUGCCGCCACCACCCCGAGCCACACGAUGGAGCUAUCCGAGGUGCGCUGCCUGAGCGACAGCGACGAGUUGUACACCAUCAACCAGACGCCCCCUAGCAGCGGCGCUCGCUCCCAGCGCCUGCUGUGGCAGACGGCGGUCCGCCACAUCACUGAGCAGCGCUUCAUCCAGGAGCACAGUGGAGGGAAAGUGCUGGGCUCGGAGGAGUCCUUCUGCUCCAACCACUCCCACCAUCCGCGGUCGGCAGGCAAGAGCCUCGGCGGCCACAACAAUGGGGGAACUAAAGUCUUCCCGGAGCGCACGAGCAGCAGCGGGGACCUGGGCUUCCUGCAGCUCGACUGCGCUCCCAGCAACUCGGACUUCUUCCUCAACUGGGGCUACACGUACCGCGGCGUGAUCUUCCCUACCUUGCGCAACUCCUUCAAGUCCCGGGACUUGGAGCGCCUCUACCAACGCUACUUCCUGGGCCAGAGGCGCAAGUCCGAGGUGGUGGUGAACAUCUUGGAUGUGCUCACCAAGCUGACCCUCCUGCUGCUCCACCUCACCUUGGCCUCGGCCCCUAUGGACCCCAUCAAGGGCAUCCUGCUGGGCUUCUUCACGGGCAUCGAGGUGGUCAUCUGUGCCUUAGUGGUGGUCAGGAAGGAUACGACCUCCUACACCUACCUGCAGUACAGUGGGGUGGUCACUUGGGUGGCCAUGGCCACACAGAUCCUGGCCGCCGGCCUUGGCUGUGGUCUUCUCGGAGACGGCAUUGGCUAUGUGCUCUUCACGCUCUUUGCCACCUACAGCAUGCUGCCUCUGCCCCUCACCUGGGCUAUCCUGGCCGGCUUAGUCACCUCCGUUCUGCAACUCGUCAUGCAGCUGGUGAUCCCGAGGCAAACCAUGACCUCCGUCAACCAGACAGCAGCUCAGGCGGUUUUAUUUAUGUGCAUGAAUACCGCUGGGAUCUUCAUUAGCUACUUAUCAGACCGAGCUCAACGCCAAGCCUUCUUAGAGACCCGGAGAUGUGUAGAAGCUCGGUUGAGGCUGGAAACCGAAAACCAGAGGCAGGAACGUCUGGUUCUGUCUGUGUUACCUCGAUUUGUAGUCCUAGAAAUGAUUAACGACAUGACCAACGUAGAAGACGAGCAUCUUCAACACCAGUUCCACAAGAUCUAUAUUCACCGCUAUGAAAAUGUCAGCAUUCUUUUUGCAGAUGUGAAAGGGUUCACCAACCUCUCCACAACACUAUCAGCCCAGGAGCUAGUCCGAAUGCUGAAUGAACUUUUUGCCCGAUUUGAUCGCCUAGCACAUGAACAUCACUGCCUUAGAAUUAAGAUCCUAGGGGACUGCUACUACUGCGUAUCUGGGCUCCCGGAACCUCGCCAAGACCAUGCUCAUUGUUGCGUUGAAAUGGGACUCAGCAUGAUCAAAACAAUCAGGUAUGUUAGGUCAAGAACGAAGCACGACGUCGACAUGAGGAUUGGAAUACACUCUGGAUCUGUGCUGUGUGGUGUGUUGGGUCUACGGAAGUGGCAGUUUGAUGUCUGGUCCUGGGAUGUUGAUAUUGCAAACAAACUCGAGUCAGGUGGAAUCCCUGGGAGAAUCCACAUAUCCAAGGCUACGCUCGAUUGCCUCAACGGGGAUUACAAAGUGGAAGAAGGGCAUGGCAAGGAGCGCAACGAAUUCUUGCGGAAGCACAACAUCGAGACGUACUUGAUCAAGCAGCCCGAGGAGAGCCUGUUGACUCUGCCCGAGGACAUUGUCAAGGAGUCGGUCACCGCUGCGGACAGAAGGAACAGCGGGGUGAUGCUCACCGAAGGAUCGUGGAGCCCAGAGCUUCCUUUUGAUAACAUUGUGGGGAAGCAGCAUACUCUGGCUGCCCUAACAAGAAAUUCAAUAAAUCUGCUUCCAAACCAUCUUGCACAAGCUUUGCAUGUCCAGUCUGGGCCUGAGGAAAUUAACAAGCGAAUAGAGCACACCAUCGACUUGCGGAGUGGCGAUAAAUUGCGAAGAGAGCAUAUCAAGCCUUUCUCCCUGAUGUUUAAAGACUCUAGCCUGGAGCAUAAGUAUUCCCAAAUGAGGGACGAAGUGUUCAAGUCGAACUUGGUGUGUGCUUUCAUGGUCCUCGUCUUUAUCACGGCGAUCCAAAGCUUGCUUCCUUCUUCGAGGAUGGUACCGAUGAUCGUCCAGUUUUCCAUCCUGAUUAUGCUGCACUCGGCUCUGGUCUUAAUCACAACCGCAGAGGAUUAUAAAUGCUUGCCUCUCGUGCUCCGGAAAACGUGCUGCUGGAUCAAUGAGACUUACUUGGCUCGGAACGUCAUCAUCUUUGCCUCGAUUAUGAUUAAUUUCCUGGGAGCCAUCAUCAACAUCCUAUGGUGUGAUUUUGACAAACCGAUGCCCUAUAAGAACCAGACUUUCAACUCUUCUGUGUAUUUCACGGACCUUUGCUCCUACCCAGAGUAUUUCGUCUUCACCGGCAUCCUGGCAAUGGUGACCUGCGCUGUGUUCCUGCGUCUCAAUUCCGUCCUCAAGCUCGCGGUGCUGCUUAUUAUGAUUGCCAUCUACUGCUUCCUGACAGAGACCAUUUAUGCUUCGCUGUUCCUGCGAUACGAUGACAUCAAUCAUAAUGGAGACACAGACUUUUUGGGGACAAAGGAAGCCUCCUUGCUCCUCAUGGCCAUGUUUCUGCUUGCGGUAUUUUACCACGGCCAACAGCUUGAAUACACAGCCAGGUUGGACUUCCUGUGGCGUGGCCAAGCCAAAGAAGAAAUCAACGAGAUGAAGGAGUUAAGAGAGCACAACGAAAACAUGCUGCGAAAUAUCCUUCCGAGCCACGUUGCCCGUCACUUCUUGGAAAAGGACCGAGAUAAUGAAGAACUGUAUUCUCAGUCCUACGAUGCUGUCGGCGUCAUGUUUGCUUCCAUCCCGGGCUUUGCCGACUUCUAUUCCCAGACUGAAAUGAACAACCAGGGAGUGGAAUGUCUGCGUCUGCUGAACGAAAUCAUUGCAGACUUCGAUGAGUUGCUAGGUGAAGAAAGGUUUCAAGAUAUUGAAAAAAUCAAAACCAUUGGCAGCACCUACAUGGCCGUGUCCGGGUUAUCACCUGAAAAACAGCAAUGCGAAGAUAAAUGGGGGCACUUGUGUGCCCUAGCAGAUUUCUCCAUAGCGCUGAACGAAAGCAUCCAAGAGAUCAACAAGCAUUCGUUCAACAACUUUGAACUCCGCAUUGGGAUCAGCCAUGGCUCUGUUGUCGCGGGCGUCAUUGGUGCUAAGAAACCCCAGUACGAUAUCUGGGGCAAAACAGUCAACCUAGCAAGCCGAAUGGACAGCACCGGCAUUAGCGGCAGAAUGCAGGUACCCGAGGAAACGUAUCUCAUCCUCAAAGACCGGGGGUUUGCCUUCGACUACCGGGGGGAGAUCUACGUCAAGGGCAUCAGCGAGCAAGAAGGGAAGAUCAAGACCUAUUUUCUUCUGGGAAGAGUACAGCCAAACCCUUUGAUCUUGCAACCAAGAAAACUGACGGGGCAGUAUUCCUUGGCUGCCGUCGUGUUGGGGCUCGUGCAGUCCCUCAACAGGCAGAAGCAGAAGCAGAUCUUGAACGAGAACAACAAUUCCGGGAUCAUCAAAGGACACUACAACCGAAGGACUUUGCUCACUUCCGGAGGAUCGGAAUCCGCGGCCCAAGCGGAGGGGGCCGACAAGACUGAACUGCCAUGAGCCUGCAUCUUUUCUUCGUCGUCCUCUUCAUUUUUUAAUUUCUUUUUCUAUAUGGGAAAAAAUAAAUAUAUAAAUAAAAAUAUGGUUUA